CUUCAAUUACAACUUCAUUCAUGGCUACGAAGCCGGGAUUAUUCUUGUUAUUUAUAACCUUAAUUUCAUUCUUCUUAUCCACCCUCUCCAUUAGCAUCCCCUCAUCCAGCGUAGACUAUUGGUGCAACAAAACCCCAUACCCACAAUCAUGCAAAUACUACAUGAAACAAAACCCUAAAAGAUUUGUGCCCAAACAGAAGAAUGACUUCCGGAAAAUGUCACUACAACUCACCAUGGAACAUGCAGUGAGUGCGCAGAAUCAUAACAAGCAUCUCGGUUCAAAAUGCAGAAAUGAGAAAGAAAAGACUGCAUGGAGUGACUGCUUGAAGCUCUAUGAAAAUGCCAUUAUUCAACUCAACCAAACCCUGGAUCCCAACACAAAGUGCACCGAAUUCGAUGCACAAACAUGGCUUAGCACUUCCCUCACCAACCUUGAAACCUGUCGAACAGGGUUCAUGGAGCUGGGCGUUUCGGAUCAUAUGUUGCCUCUCAUGUCCAACAAUGUGUCACAACUUAUCAGCAACACUUUGUCUAUAAACAACGCUUCAUCGGUUAAGCCGGAAACAUCCAAAGGGGGGUUUCCAAGCUGGGUUAAAGCCGGUGACAGGAAGCUUUUGCAGACAUCUUCAGUUACGGCGGACCUUGUUGUGGCACAAGAUGGGUCAGGAAAUCACAAAACUAUCCUGGCAGCUCUUGAUAUGGCAGCUAAGAGAAGCGGGAGUGGAAGAUUUGUGAUAUAUAUAAAGAGAGGAGUUUAUACGGAGAAUCUUGUGAUUGGUAACAGUUUGAAAAACAUUAUCUUGAUUGGUGAUGGAUUAAGAUACACCAUUAUUACUGGUAGCCGAAGCGUUGGGGGAGGUUCUACUACUUUCAACUCUGCAACUGUUGCGGUGACUGGCGCGGGAUUCAUUGCUCGUGGGAUCACGUUCCGCAACACAGCAGGUCCACAAAACCACCAAGCAGUGGCUCUCCGAUCAGGUUCCGAUCUCUCAGUCUUCUACAGGUGUGGCUUCGAAGGAUACCAAGACACUCUCUACGUCCAUUCACAAAGACAAUUCUACAAAGAAUGCUACAUCUAUGGUACUGUCGAUUUCAUUUUUGGAAAUGCCGCUGUUAUUCUCCAAAAUUGCAUGAUUUACGCAAGAAGGCCAAUGGAUAAACAAAAGAACACAGUCACUGCUCAAGGCAAAACUGACCCUAACCAAAACACUGGAAUUUCAAUCCAUAACUCACGAGUUAUGGCUGCACCAGACCUCGCACCAGUGCUUAGCUCAUUCAAAACAUACUUGGGACGGCCAUGGAAGGAGUACUCGCGGACAGUUUUUAUGCAAACUUAUCUUGAUACAUUGGUGGAUCCUGCUGGGUGGUUGGAAUGGGAUGGUGAUUUUGCUUUGGAUACUUUGUAUUAUGGUGAGUAUAAGAACCUUGGACCAGCUGCAUCAACUAGCGGGAGAGUGAAGUGGGGUGGUUACAGGGUGAUAACCAGUUCAACUGAAGCAUCAAAGUUCACAGUUGCUAACUUCAUAGCCGGAAACUCCUGGUUGCCGGCCACUGGGGUGCCGUACACCGCUGGUCUUUGAUUGAAUUAAUGUGGCCGUAAAUGAGGACAACUGAUACAUUUGUUUGAUUACUUUUGUUUGCUAAUAUUUCAUUGAUUCGUUCUUCAAGUGUUUAUAAUAUUGAAUAAUCCCAAAUAAUAUUUUGGAUAGUAUUUUUGAAAAAAUAAGAGUUGUGUGAUAAU